AUGGAUGGAUGGAUGGUUGGAUGGAUGGGUAGAAGAGUCAUGUCGAAUGCUUGGGGUAAGGCCCUUGAUCAGGCUAGUAUUGUAAAAGCUAGUUUCACUAGCGACUUGGAAAAGACAGCUAUUAAAGGAACUAGACAUAAAAUGAGAGUACCAAAAGAGAAACAUGUUAGAAAGUUGAUUAUUUAUACUCAUGAAAGAUUAGGUCCAAUUGGUGACUUGUAUAUGAGUUUAUUAAGAAGAUUAGAACAACCUGAUUGGAUUAUUGUAUUAAAAACAUUGGUUGUAUUCCAUAGAUUGUUUGGAGGAGGAAAUGUUAGAUUCCUUGAAGAUUUAUCACAUCGUGGAAUGAUUUUCCCAUUGACUCGAUUCACUGAUAUGACAUCUACUCAAGCUCAUCAACAAUCUGUUUUCAUUCGUAAAUACUCUUCUUAUCUUGAAGAAAAGGUAUUUGCUUAUCGUGAAAUGCAUUGCGAAUUUGAAAAGGAAUCAUUCAAAGGAUUAUCAAUUGAUCAAUUAUUAAAAAAGAUUCCAAAGAUGCAAAGACAGUUUGAUGCACUCUUGGCAACUCACGUCGAAGAGGUUUGUGAUAAUAUUAUUACAAUCAAUGCAUUUGAAUUACUUUUAAAGGAUAGUUUUAAGAUUUAUUGUAAUUUAAAUGAUGCUGUAUUAAGUGUUUUAGAAUUAUACUUUAACAUGACAAAGAGAGAUGCAACUACAGCUCUUGAAAUUUAUAAGGUUUUUAUGAGAGAAACUGAUGAUAUUAUUAGAUUCUUUGAUUCAUCAAGAAGAAAAUUCCAUAUUGAAUUACCUGAUCUAUCUCCUGCACCAUCAACAGUUGUUAAAGGAUUGGAAGAGUAUUUAAGAGAUUUGGAUGAUGAUCAUCCUCCAAUGGGUCGUCCAAACAAUGGUAAAGAACAAAGAGAUAAUUUGGGUAGUCAUUUCAAACCAUCAAAUACUUUUGAUCAAAAGAAAAUGGAUGAUACUUCAUUUAAUUUUGAUGAGGAUUUAUUUAGUUCAGCACCAAAUUCACCUGCACCAAAUUCAAAUAAUCAUAAUAAUAAUGUAUAUUCACCAUCGAUUCAACAACAACCACCACCAAAUAAUAAUAAUAACAAUAAUAAUAAUAAUAAUAGUAGUUUCCGACAACAACAUAAUCAAUAUGCACCAGCAAAACAACCAUUCGAUCCACUUGAUCCAUUCCAAAUAUCAUCUUCACAACCAUUGUCCCCAAUGAUUAAUAAUAAUAAUAACCAUCAUCAUCACAAUAACAAUAUGAUAUCAAGUGGUGCUGGAAACAGAAAUUCAAUGGGUAAUCCAUUUGAUCCAGUCAACAAUGAAAAGGCACUCCAAAUUAAAGCAGCAUUUGAGUCUUCUUCCAAUUCAUCCUCUCCAUUUAGUUCGACUUCAUCCUUUACAAUGACACCCGUCACACCUCAACAGCCAAACAACAUGAACAAGAUGGGAAGUAUCGGACCAAAUCAAGGAGCAAACUUUGGUAACAUGGUAAAUGGUGGUAGUAAUGGUAUGUUGGUACCAAUGAAUAAUGGUAAUAUGAUGAAUAAUGGUAUGAAUAAUGGUAUGAUGCCAAUUAAUAAUGGUGGUAUGGUAAACAGUGGUGGUAUGAUGAUGGUUCCAAUGCAACCAAACAACAACAAUAUGAUGAUGAAACCAAUGGCACCAAUGAAUAAUGGUAAUAUGAUGAAUAAUGGUGGAAUGGUUCCAAUGCAACCAAAUAACAACAUGAUGAUGCAACCAAACAACAACAAUAUGAAUAGACAACCGUCAAUGAAUAAUAUGAAUAUGGGUAUGCAACCAAAUGGAGGCAUGAUGAUGCAACCAUCAAAUGAACAACAACGGCGGUAUGGGUAUGGGAAUGAACCAACCAAAUAUGAUGAAUAG